GGAAGCACGCCAGCCACCUGUCACACACGACUUCACAAACAUAACGGCAAAACAUUCAGACAUUUGGACAGCCGCAGAUAUUUAUAUAACCUGGGCAAGAGUGGGUUAAAAGACUGCGGCGAGUGCAAUAUGCUGAGGCUGGCCUGUACUCAUGCACUGUCUUCAGCUAGCGAUAUCAAUUCGUCUCGGAUUUUAAACCAUGCAGUGUUUAGAAGGGUAAAUACGCAUUCUCUGGUUAUCAAUCGUGAACGUAACAUUGCACAAAUCCCAUUCCAUGACAGCUCUCCAGUACUCGUCAGGUUUAGGACGUCCCGCAACAGGGCAGCUGGAGUAGUUUACUUCAGUAUGGCGUCAGGUGGCGAGGGACCUGGUACCUCAUCUCCAAGCCCCUACAAAUACUCUAACCGUCUGAGUAAAGAGAGGUCACCCUACCUCUUACAGCAUGCACACAAUCCUGUGGACUGGUUCCCUUGGGGCAAGGAAGCUUUUGAGAAAGCUAAAAGUGAAGACAAGCCCAUAUUCUUAUCAGUCGGUUACUCCACAUGCCACUGGUGUCAUGUGAUGGAGAGGGAGUCUUUUGAGGAUGAGGAGAUUGGGAAAAUCCUCAGUGAAAAUUUUGUGUGCAUUAAGGUGGAUAGAGAAGAGAGACCAGAUGUUGACAAGGUUUACAUGACGUUUGUGCAGGCAACAAGCGGAGGUGGUGGCUGGCCAAUGAGUGUGUGGCUUACGCCUGAUCUCCGACCCUUCAUUGGAGGGACAUACUUUCCUCCGAGGGACAGUGGGCGGAGACCUGGACUGAAAACCGUUCUCUCCCGAAUUUUGGAACAGUGGCAGGGGAACAGAGAGGCGCUAGAGUCCAGUGGGGAGAGAGCACUAGAGGCCCUCAGGAAGGGAACCACCAUUGCAGCUAAUGAAGGUCAAACACCUCCCUCAGGCCCCGAUGUUGCCAACAGAUGUUUCCAACAGUUGGCUCAUUCCUAUGAUGAAGACUAUGGAGGAUUUAGAGAAGCGCCUAAGUUUCCUUCACCAGUGAAUCUGAUGUUCCUGAUGUCAUUCUGGGCGGAGAACCGCACUACCUCUGAGGGCGCAGAGGCCUUGGAGAUGGCCUUGCACACACUCCGUAUGAUGGCACUCGGGGGCAUCCAUGACCAUGUGGCUCAGGGGUUCCACCGUUACUCCACAGACUCCUCCUGGCAUGUGCCCCACUUUGAGAAGAUGCUGUACGACCAGGCGCAGCUGGCGCUGGCCUACAUCACAGCGUACCAGGUGUCCAAGGAGCAGUUCUUUGCAGAUGUGGCCCGUGACGUGCUGCUCUAUGUCUCUCGGGAUCUGAGUGACAAGUCUGGGGGCUUCUACAGUGCAGAGGAUGCGGAUUCUCUGCCCACGCCUGAAUCCAGUGAGAAGAAAGAGGGGGCUUUCUGUGUGUGGACUGCUGCAGAGAUUAGACAGCUGCUGUCUGAGACAGUAGAAGGUGCCACUGGUGGAGCCACCAAGGCAGAUAUCUUCAUGCACCACUAUGGCGUCAAAGAACAAGGCAAUGUGGAGCCUGAGCAGGAUCCACACGGGGAGCUCCUGGGCCAGAAUGUGCUCAUUGUCCGCUACUCUGUGGAGCUCACAGCAGCCCAGUUUGGCCUGGAUGUGGAGAGGGUUAAUGAGAUCCUGGCCAGCAGCAGGACGGAGCUGGCUGGAGUGAGAAGAGCACGACCCCCACCCCACCUGGACACUAAAAUGCUGGCCUCAUGGAAUGGUUUGAUGUUGUCUGGGUUUGCUUGUGCGGGAGCAGUGCUGGGAGAUAAGGCCCUGCUGAAGAGAGCUGAAGAGGCAGCGCGCUUCCUGCAGAAGCACCUCUGGGAUGAGGGGGACCGCAGGAUGUUGCACUCGUGUUACCGUGGCCAGGAGAUGGAGGUGGAACAGAUAGAUUCGCCAAUUGCAGGCUUCCUUGAUGACUAUGCUUAUGUGGUGGCUGGACUGCUGGACCUAUUCGAGGCCACACAGGCAGUGGAAUGGCUCAAAUGGGCAGAGGAACUCCAGCAGAAGCAAGACCAACUGUUCUGGGAUGAUCAAGGCAGCGGUUACUUUUGCAGUGACCCAAGUGACCCCACUGUGCUUCUAAGACUCAAGCAGGAUCAGGAUGGAGCAGAGCCCAGCGCCAACUCGGUGUCAGCUCGGAAUCUGCUCCGCCUCUCUCACCUCACGGGCAAGCAGGACUGGAUGGAGCGCUGCCAGAAACUGUUGGCAGCCUUCUCUGAUAGGCUGGUGAGAGUGCCUAUUGCCCUGCCAGACAUGGUGCGGGGCCUCAUGGCUCUGCACUACUCCCUGAAGCAGAUCGUUAUCUGUGGCCAGCCUGAUGCAGAGGACACCGCCAGCCUGAUUGCCUGCGUCCACACCCUGUUCCUGCCUCAUAAAGUCCUGCUGGUGGCAGAUAGUGACACCGAUGGCUUUCUGUACCAGCGACUGCCCGUCCUGUCUUCACUGCGUCCACUUGAGGGCAAAGCUACUGCCUUUGUCUGCCAGAACUUUACCUGCGCCCUGCCUGUCACCUGCCCAGAGGAACUCCGCAGACUGUUGCUGGAAUGAGGCCCACCGUCACAUAUGCACUCUGAUACGCACAAACCCACUAAUGCUGUCAAAAGGCCCUUUUGGGUCAUUUAGGGAGAGGUCAGUCAUCUAAUUUAAAUAUAACCAGCAUAGCUUCUAUGAGAGAUACUUACUCUUGGAUUGUUUUACAGAGGAAGUUGAGUUUACACUGGAGACAGUGGGUGAAUAACUCGUUAGUGCCAGGCAUUACAGUAAGGUAUGGUAGAGCCAAUUAACCUUAACUAAUUAUUUUUGGAGUAACAUUUGUCUCAGUCACGUUAUAGUCCGAAACCACUGAGGACCUUAGCCACAUGGGACCAGCUGGGGCUGGUUGUUCAGUUGAAUUUCAAAAGGUCUGUGCAAGACAACUGUGAAAACUAGAAAUGCAUAGUGAAUCCACUUGAUCUUGAAUUAAGUAAACUGUGAAAUACAGUGUAUGGCACACUUCAGGUGAAAUAAAGUCUUGAUU